CUAACUGUGGGAGUGGGAAGAGGAGGGUGAUAGACUUGGCUGGACUAUGUAUUGAGCUCUGUAUAUGUAGUAGAGUUUUAUAGGAAGCCCAGACUGCAGCAGAUACAAAGUAUCCCUCACACACUUCCUGCAGAGGGAUCAGGACAGACUUCCAUCCCACACAGACACCGAGGAUCACUGGACCUUGCAAUGGGUGGCACAUGUCUGCAGUUUUUUGGCUUUAUCUCAGGCUUUAUUGGCUGGAUGGGGGUUGUAGUGGCUACAGCCACCAAUGACUGGGUGCUGACCUGCGACUACAGCAUUAACACGUGUAGAAAGCUUGACGAGCUGGGAUCCAGAGGUCUAUGGGCAGACUGUGUCAUCUCAAUUGGGCUCUACCACUGCAAGCCUCUGGCUGACAUCCUUACUCUGCCUGGUGAGACACUAUUGCACACAAACACUAACCAACUUCACAGGGAACUAACCACCUGAUCUUCUGAUCUAUGGAAUGUUCCACUCAACAACUUUAUUCAAACUUGUAUGGGCCAUCAAAUGGUGUAUCCAUUGCAAAGCCAAGAUUAACCUGAGCUGGAAUCUUCCAUAAACAUGAUGAUUAAUUAUAGUUUAAUAUGUGUGAUAUAUAAGUAAAAUAAAUAUAUGAGACAAAUCCUAAUUAAUAGAGCAUGAGGGUUCUAGUAUUUAUUUCGAUGAAAUUACUAGAAAUGUUCUUUUUUUUUAAAUGACAUUUGAACCCACUCCAUUCUGCCAAAUCUUGAGAUAUUGCAGAUGCCCUAUGAGAAUUAUAGAAUGGAUAGAUAAUGUAAGAAAUCCCCUUUUUGUCAUAGAGCUACUACUAAUGGAAUGCUCAUAUAACCUAGUUUUGCUGAGCAUUAAGGAGUUGCAGUUCUUUAAAAGUCCCAUUGUUGCCCACUUUAUUUAGAGACCUGCUGAACACUAUGAUCAAUAGAUAAUAUAUUUAAAACAUCUGACCUAAUUGUGUGCUCCAGGAAAGGUCACCGCACCAGUUUGGUGCAAACUCCUCAAUCAUUUAUUAGUUUAUAUUGGAAUAACUCUUGUUUUCAAAUGACAGUGCUAAAGGACACCAUAGUGUGACAGGUCAGAUACCAACAGACAAAAUUUAGAUUAGUAUAAGUUCACAUCUAUAUUUUACUACACAUACAACACAAUGUAUCCUUCAAAUAAUUUAGCUGGAAAAUACAAACAAACUUUUAUUGGUCUUUAAUUCCAACAAGGGCAUUUUAACUUAAAUAUUUUUUUUUCUUCAAAUUCAUGUUUCGAUCUACUAUAUAUCACUAUCUGGUGAAUCACCUUUUAGAGAAAUCCUAUAUAAGGGUGAGAAAGGAAUUAUUUUUUUUCUGAGUAAGAUCAUUUUUGUUGCGUAACAGGCAUUUCUAUGUAAUUUAUCUAAUUAUAACCUCCAGUGCCUGUUCUGUGAUUUAAAGUGAGACUGUUACUAGUUAUAUGAUAGGUGAAGCUAUUUCAUGGUAUAUUCAAUAUUUGAAAAAAAAAGUGUUCUAUUGUAUAUUGAGAUUUUAAAUGAAUUAUUUUUAGCGUUAUCCAUUAAACUGAGAAUUGUCAAUAAAUCAAAAUAAAUCAAUUUCUAUUUUAAGGCCAAACUAGCUGUACUGUAAGCAUUGUUGAAUUUAUUCAGUUCUGCUUAAAUUUGAAAUCCACUUUGAAUUAACUUAAAUUCCUGACCAUUCUCACUGUAGUGAUAAACCCUGUUGCUCUAUCUAGAAGGUCAUCACCAUAAUCCUGUCAUAUAAUAAUAUUGCUAUCUGUUUGUGUUCGUUAACAUGUAUAAGCAUUAAAUAAUACACAUAUUGCACUGCUGUUACUUGGUCUGAUAUAGCAUAUAAAAUACCUUCUGAAACUAAAGGGUCAUGAGUUCUAUUCUCAUUUGGGCUGGUUCUUCCUUUCGUCUUUCCAAGGUUAACACAAUUAGUCAUUUUAAAUGAUUCAAUAUAGAAUGAAAUGCCCUAAAGAGUGGAUUGUCAGGAUUCCAAAGAGAAUUUCAAUUGCUAGGCUAAAAUAGAAAAACUCAGACAUACCUGGCUUUGAAAUCAUUUUUUACUUUAGAUCUAAAAUAUGAAACUUACUUUAAAUUCACUUAGCAUUCUCAGAAAUUCAAACUUCUUUAGCUAGAAUGCUGUAAGUUGCCACUCUCUUAUAAAAUAUAUAUUAAAGCCAUUUCAAAUGCUUGUGUUAUCAUAUAACUAUUUCAACUCAUAUAACCAUUUAAAAUUCAAUUAAAAUUUAAUGCAUUUAAAUUUAAAAGGACGUCAAUACAAAUGAUAUACAUUGUCUUUUGAAUGCUCCUCUACCUGUCAGGGUUUGUAACUAAACAAACAAUUCUGGAAUUCACUGCAAAUUAUAGUCCAAAGUAGCCAAUUUGGGAAAUCCCCCCCAAAUCCGUUAUCAGCACUCUUGCUGUACUACCAAUGAUGCACGGUUGCAGCAGAGGUGCCACUCUCCCAUGAUCCGCCCCAAGGCCGUGGGAAAUACGUCCAUAUUCCUGUAACUAUUUCUAAUUGUCUCACUUAUUGCUAAAUUUCCAAACAAAAUUUCCACCACUCACAGAACAGAGCCUAGAGCUCUAAUAGGAGGGGGGUACAAUCUGGCAUUCUCUCCAGGACCAUGCACAACUUUAAUCCAGUUUUGAUUAAAUCUAUAUAGAGAAACAUGUAAAAAUAUAGGAAGAAAUCUUAUUUUUACAAAGAAACAUAUUUGAUUUAAGCACUUUUAGCUUAUCAGAUUAUUCCAUUAAAAUUACGUGUCUUCCUUCGUAGGUGUGACUGCCCCUUUAUAUCAGAAAUCCGCAGUUUGUUUGUAAUGUUUAUACCUAAUAAUUUGUGCCAAAUAAACUGUUUUCUAGUGUUGUGGCAUGUCUAAGGGUCUUACAUGUAGGAAUAACAGAACCAAUUAAAUCAAUAUUUUAGCAAUAAUGAAAAUAAUUACUGAUGGUGAGAUUUGUAAUCUUUUUCUGAAAAGUCGUCUUCAGUACUAAGCAGAGCAAUCACAAUGGAAACCAGAGGAACUUGUAGGUACAAUCCGUUGCUGACUCUUCUUUUACAUUUUUGCCCCAGUAAAUCCGAACACUUUGUUAAAUCCCAAUAUGUAUUAAUUUUUCCUUUUGGAUUGAUUGACAGUACUGUUUCAUUAGAAUGGGAGUACAAGGAAAAAGAUUACAGAUUGCUAUAGCAUUUUAAGAUUUGGUUUUGAGUAUGCAAUUCUUAUUAAACAUAAUUCUAGAGAAAUGCUUAAAUAAUGCAUUACACUUUAGCUAAACCAAUAGAUUCUAGUCAACUACAUCUACUGUAUAUUUAUUCGACUAAAAUGUUAUAUUUAGUUGAUAAAAACUAAAUAAUUCAGAUGACUAAAAUAUGACUAAAACUAAAUGGAAAUUUAGUCAAAAGGCUAUAACAAAAACUGCUGUCAAAACUAACACUGGCGCCAUUGUAUUUUGCAGCACUUUACAGAUGUAGAAAGGGAUACAAUCUAUGUAUAUAUACCUCAUUAAGUGUCUUGCCCGGGGACACUUACUGGUGAGGAUAGUCGAACAGGAUUAAAACUUAGGUUUCCCUGUAACCAGUGUUCUGACCAACCAAUAUAUAUUGAAGGUUUUUUCUUUUUCGAAUUAAAAAUGGUGAGUGCGUUGAACACAUUUUUCUUUAUUAACUUCCCCAAGCAGUGUGUAGUGGAGUCACUACUUCCUUUAACGUGUUCAAGCGACUCGUGAUGAGAAUAGCAUCUUUGAAUAUUGUAUCAUUGUUUAAAAAGGUUGUGUGAUGACUUAAUGUUAUAUUCACUUCCAAGACUGUGAAAUAUAGAAGUGAAUCAGAAGACCCCCACUUGCAAAAACAUUUUAGCUACAGCUGACUGUUAAAUGAUAUUGGAAGUCAUGCAUUUGUAUAGGAUUUUACUGCCAGAUGUAGGGCCUUUGGCAUCAGCUAUUACUUUGUGGGACACAACACAGAAAACCAGAUCUAGAACUGUGGAUUGUCAUCCUGUGGGUUCUGUAACUGCUGAUGGUAAUGGUAGUCUACCAUAUUGUAGGUUGGCCCAAUAAAAGGAAGAUGUACCUCCUGACAGAGAAGUAGAACAUUUAAUACCACCAGGUGGGAUGAUACUAUAUAAAAUAUCUUUAUCGUUGCAUAUUUCCAGUGCCAUCAAGUUUGGCAGGCUGACCCAACUUCUGACAUUUUUUAAUGUUUCUUUGAUAUACUUGUAUCUAUUGGAAAUCGGAAAAAAAUAACAUAAAAUGUUGUCCUGGGCAUCCAUAACUGCUUUUAACUCCAUUUGUGCAUAAAAUAAUGUAUUUUCUCCAUGGCACUAUCCUGAUUCAACAUUCCACCUGCUGCAGUCAACCUUCAUUACUAAUGUGUGUACAGAAAUUAUUACGAUAAAAUAAAAUGACCACCUGCAACGAGACCUGACAAAUAAAAUAAUCCUACCCAGAGGUAUAUCAUGACAUUUAAUUUUGCUGAGAUAUUUUGGAUUAAGCAGAGUGACUCAAUAACACAGAAUGCUCAUGGGCAUGAUAGCUUUGUAUAAUGCGUUGUGUUGACUCCUGACUAUUUACUACUAUUUUGAUAUUAUCAACAACAAUAACAACACAGUAAAUUAAGUGUUUGCACUUAACAGUGAGCAUAAAUCACAAAGAGUAUUGAUUAUUUAAUCCAGUUCAUUUCAGUACUUAGAACACAAAAUGUGCAUAGCAGAUAUGCUGCACUCGAUUAAACAUUUAUUGGGUCAUGAGUAAACAAUCUGAUAAUUUUACUAUUAGUAUGAUAAGCUGCACUAAAAGUUAACAAAUCCUUAUAUCUUGAUAAGAAAACAUUACAUUUUUGCUAUUUGUUAGGUAUAUCUGGGGGUAUAAAUGUUCCCAAUAACUAAAUUGAUACUUGCUUAUUGACCUCCAAAGGAUGAAAGACUGAGUUGGCCAUGUGCUACAUUCUACAGAUAUUUCAGCUGGGGCACAAACCACUAAACUAAACUACCAUAUUAUUCAGAAUAUAAAAAGCACCUAUAUAUUUAAAGCAGAAAUCAAUAGAAAAAACCCCCAAAACAAUCAGUACUGGAAUUACGAUAUACAUCAGCGUGUGUGUGUGUGUGUGUGUGUGUAUAUGUAUAUAUAUAUAUAUAUAUAUGGGUUGUAGUGUGUGUAAUGGAGGUUUACCAAGUGUGUGUAUAGGGGCAGUGUUGUGUGUUGUAGGUAGUGUUGUAUGUCUUUAGGGAAUGUAGUGUGUGUGUGUGUGUGUGUGUGUGUGUGUGUAGUUAAAAUACUGUGUGUAAGGGAGGAAAUAUGUGUAGGGGAGGCAGUUUGUUUACAGUGGCUGUAGUUUGUGUGAACUUAUGAGGUGGGAUAGGGUCUGCAUUGUGAGGGGUGAGAGGGGAACAGUUUAAUAUUUUUUUAUUAUUAUGUCAAUUUAUUUUAUUUUAUUUAGGUUUGUUCACCCCUCCUUGCUUCUUACCUUUGGCCAAGGAGAUAGGGAAUAGCAGAUCUCCGGUGGUAAUGAUGAACGACUCUAGCCUGCACCUCUGGCAGAUGCAGACUCAGUAUACUUUUCUCGUGAGCCCUUAAACUGUGUGGUACUGGAGCAUUGCCAUGGUAAUGUGCAGAAACACUCUGAAUGGCGGGGCUCUCGGGAGGAAUACGCUGUCAAGCAGAGGUGCAAACUAGAGUCUAACCAGUCAUAAAAAAACAGCAAUGGCUCUGUGAGUGAGAUCUUUAAUCUACUCCACCUCCCCAGAACAUAUAUAUAUAUAUAUAUAUAUAUAUAUAUAUCCUUUUUAUAUUCUACAUUUUAGGGUAAGAAAAACCUAAAUCCUAUAUUCCAAAUAAUAUGCUAUCUCUUUGUUUUGCACUCACUAUAUUUUCAGCUGUUCACAAUAGUAGUAGUUUCUCCAUUUCUGUUUUAGAAGCAUUUUCUAAAAUGUAUUAAAACGACAACUAUUAUAAAACCAACUAUUAAACAGACACUAUAGGCACCCACACCGCUUCAGCUCAUUGAAUAGGUCUGGGUGAAGUGUCCCUGUCCCCCUUAGUCCUGCAAUGUAAAACAUUGUCGUUUAAGAGAAACUGCAAUGUUUACAUUGCAGGGCUAAGACUGCCUCUAGUGGCUGUCAAUUAUACAAUUAGUCAAACAGUCAUUGCUCUUCAUAUCUUUGCUGUGGAGUUCUGUGGUACAAUCACACAUAGCAAAUAUAAGUUCUCAGAACAGAGGUAUACUAAACUCAAUCAAGGACUGUGAGAUUUCAGUGAUGACGUGUCCCCAAAACAACUUUAACUUAAUAAAGCAGAUUUUGAAUAUAUAGACCAACCUCUGCGUUUCAAUGCUCAAUUCACUUCCGUUUAGGAGUUAAAUAACUGUGCAUCGCUAGCUACAUCUCCCCUGGUUGUAACAGAUAUAGCCUCCAUGAAUAAAAAAGGAUUUCUUUUCAAUCAGAUGUUAACUUACUUUAGAAGUGUUGUAUCCCCUGCUCUGUAAAUUGAACUAGAAUCACACACAGAAGGCUCCUGCAAGGUCUCGCAAGCUAUUAACAGUGCAUGUGUUAGGAAAUUAUACACUAAACAUAUUUUUAAAUAAAGGUAGUGUAAACAUUACGUGACUAUUUACAGGAAGUGUUUUGGAAGGCUGUGUAAGUCGCAUGCAGGGAGGUGUGACUAGACUGCUAAUUUAAUAAUGAGAUUGCAGGGGCAUUAUCUAUACACCUAAACUGCUUCAUUAAGCUAAGUUGAUUUGGUUACUACAGUGUCCCUUUAAAUUGGGACAGUGGUGGGCAGUUCUAAACAGGAUGGGCCAGUGAUGUUCCCUAUGUCACUGGUACCCCUCAAAGGAGUGAGCCAUUGCAAGAAGCACUUCUUCGCCCCAAAAAAGGUGUAGUGAAGCUGGUGGUAAUGGAUGCCAGGCUGAUUGUCUGUUCCAGAGCUCAGGGCAUGGUCCUAGUGCUCUUAGUGUAAUGCAAGUGAUUUUGAUGAGGCGCUCACACUAUUCUUUUUAGAGAAACUUUCCUGGUGUCCACAAAGAUCCGCAAUCAUUACGAAAAACCCAAAUAAUGUUCCAGCUUAUUAUAGCCCAGAAAAUAGCUUAUAUAAAAUGGUAGAUAUGUGUAGUGCAAUAUAUUGAUUUAUAAAAUGGACUUUUUUAUGGCUACUUUAUAUAUGAGGGUGUCUUUCUUUGCCCAUUUGCAAUGUUGGCUGGGAAGCAAAAUGGUAAAUUGUAACUGCUGGCCCAUAGGUCCCCAAAUGUACAAGAAUCAUAAACUGUAAAACUCCUAGCUGCAAGACUGAAAGCAGCACUCAAAGAAGAUAUUAUCGGUCAUUUUAUAAUCGAAAAUGUAAAACAUUAAAUUAAUGUGUAAAUAUGUUUGUUUUGAAAAGUAUAUAGGGUGUUGUCAUUCUCUUAAAUAGUAAUGUAAGUAUAAAACGUCAUACAUCAUACUUAUUAACUUUUAUUACAUAAUAAAUGUCACCCACGCAGGAGCACGACUUACAAUAGCAGCGUAAAUUCUCAUGAUAAACACAAGAGUGGCCAUUACUGAUUGAUGUGAAGCAAGACGUGAAAAGAACAAUGUAGAACCAGCAGAUAGAUUGAUAAAUUAGGGAACGUCUGCUGACAAUAUUUCCAAAGUACCUUGCAAUUUUACUGUCAACACUGCUCAGCAAACUGCAUAUAAAAUGAAAAUGAGCUAGAGUUCUAUUACAUUUAAAUAAACCUAUAAUUUACUCUAAUUGAAAGAACACAAUUCAUAUAUCAUUUGUGUUAACGUUUUUUUUCAUGUUUAGACCAUUUUCUUUAAUCCUGGGAUUGGUGAAGCAAAUAAUGAUAUUUCCAGUUCCUCAUCAUAUGCUGAAUAGUAUUUUUUAUAGAAGACUUAUCCACAGCAUCCUUUGAGUUGAGAUCCCAGGACUGAACUUGGUAUAUGAGAAAAUUAUUCAGUGAAUGCUUUGGGGCAACACAUGAACAAGCUCCACAUGCAAUCCCUGUCAUGGCUGGCUUGAGGGUUAAACUCAAAGGGAUCCGAUACCAGUGGCAAUUGAUGGAUGUUAGGCUAUCUCAGGCGCCAUUUCAUCAUUUUUUUUGUUUACUUACAAAAUGAUUGAUUAUGAAGAAUACAUAUACACGUUUAUUCAGAAAACAGUGAAUUAUCAGGAAUUCAAAGUAAAUUAUAUAUUUUAGCUCAACGUAGCCAAACUGAAAACAUAACUGGCCGAUAUAUAUAUUUUUUUAUUGGCUAUUUUCAGAUAAUUCACACUAUAAAUAAUAUUUUUUACAGAUUUCUUUUAUUUUUUUUUAACAAACAUAAAAAAACAAGUAGGCUAGCCCUUUGUUGGUUUCCUAGGGAUAUAAUAGGAUUCUGUAAACCUAAGACUGAAGAUGAAAUACACAAGUAAAUCCAUUACGGAUACUGCACUUGGAUCUGUAUAGGAGAGCAUUUCACUUCGCUCCCUGGGAAGCAAUCUAAAAACUUACUCCUGUGACAUUGAGAGUGACUUUAUCUAUUUUAUAACAGGCAAACCGAUUCGAUAUGGUUCCUGGAGCCUAUUCAGUUCUUAUUGUAGUACAUUUUCACCUAGACACUAAUUAUCAUAUCAUUGUCAGCCUUAACCUUCAUAGAAUUUCUCUGUAAGGAACUAAGUCGCCUCAGUUACCUGCGUCAACAAAAGGACACCUUGAUGGACGCCAUAUUGUCACGCUAGGGAGUAGAACUCACAUUACAUAUACAUUUAAAAAAGGUUAUAUAUUUCUUUCUUCCUUCAUUUGCUCCAUCCUUUUGUUUAUUUACCUCCUUUCGCUAUUUAUUUUGCCAUUUCUUUCGCUGAAUUCUCCCAGUGAUAUUGAGAAGGUAUUAUAAUAAAGAUUGACUAUGCAAGCUUAUAAUAGAGCAUGUAAUAGUAAAUAAACCCACAAACUUUAAUUUUAUAUAUUUAUACUAAAUUAAAUAUUUGCCCACUUGAAAUGAAUGAAAAAAAUUGGACAUCAAAUGUAUUCAGCUUACUAACAAUUCAAAUAAUGAAAUAGCUGCCUGUUAUGAUUGUAGCUUGCAGAGUGCAUUGUAUUGUAUUUGAGAGUUGUCAUCAUGUCUACUGUCUUUUGGUUAAACUUUAUAAAGAUGAAACACUCUGCUGAAAGCUUUCAUCGACUCCCUAUGAUCCAAGGCAAUUUGAGUUCUUCCUGCGUGAGCUCCGAUGCCAUGUGGAUUUCCCAUAAUCCUUUAUGCUGAUCACACUAGGCAUGUUAUUGAAUGGGAAAUUAAAGGAUGGUAUUGCCUUUCCUACACGUGUCGAGCACAUGAGAGGAAAAAGUCCAGACGAUUAAUGUUCAAAUUUGACUUCCUUGGUUCCCUUGAAGCAGAUGUGACAGGAAAUACGUCUCAAGGGAAACAAAAGUGAUUAGACAAUGACUUAAACUUACAUUGAGUGGCUCAAUGACACUUUCUCAGAAAUUCCACUCAAAAUAAAUGAAUGCUGGUAAAAGUAGUUAUUAUUUAUGCUCAACCCUUGCAGAGGAAAUAGGCUCAAUAACAUAGCAACAAAUAUAUUGAAAAACAACACAACUGGUUUAACUGGUGAGUACUGUACAUGGAAUCAAAUCAGUUAAGUAAAGCUUGCCACACAGUUUGCUGUUUGGUUAUUUUUUUUUUACUUCUCAUUUAAGAGCCAAAAUUACUAAAAUAUUUUAAUAUUAAAUACCAUGUUUAGUUAUCUGCUAUAAUAAAAAUGCAUUUCAUAUAAGUUUAAUGAAAAAUGCACCUUGGAAACUUUGGCAUUUGCUGCAAAGCCACAGAUCUUGCAGCUUCUGCAGUAAAUUCACGAAACCAGGAAAUUACUCAAUGCACUUUACUUUAUAUAGCACUGCUGAGCUAAUCCCAGAAGAUGUGCUUCAUGGGCACAACAAGAGUGGUAGUUUGAUUGUCAGACUGGAAGGGACAUGAACAAAGAUUGGGCUGAUAUAGGAAAUCUAAUUAUUAAAAAAAAUAAAAUAAAAAUAAUCUAAAGCAGAAGAAUAAUACAUUGCACUGAAUGUGUGUCUUGAGUAUUCCUUUAUCACGAAAGAGUAAAUAUGAUGGUCUUCCUUUGCUUCAAUAACAGCCUUAAAGAAACACUCCAAGCACCAUAACCACAACAGUGAAAAGAGUCAAACUGUUUCAGAAUGUUUUCACUUCUUAUCUGGGGUCUACUUGCCUUCCUGUGAGAGCUUGCAGCUUUCUACCUGAGCUUGGCUCCGCAGUGCAGGGCUGAGCUCAUGGCUGGGAUCAAUCAGCUGACACUCUGAACCAAUGAGCUAGCCCUUUGUUGCAAAGCGUAGCUCAGGAGAGCUAACGGACGUUCCUGAUUAGGCGCUUCCCGCUCUCCACAGCAAGUAGUGGAGGCACCAACGUGCUUACACUGGACUCUCCUGGGACCAUAAACAACACUGUUUAUGAUGUUUGGAAGGUUCUUUUCAAUAUACUGAGAAGGCUUUUCUCUAUCAGUAAUGGAAGCAAUUAGCAGGGAUUCAUCCACGAUAGCAUUAGUGAGACUGAUCCUGGUGUUUGGAAAUUAUGCAUGUACAAUUAUGCAUUAUGUACACAGUUACAAAUGCAUGUGAUUGAGUUGAGGUCAAAGCUUUAUGCUGGCCAGUCAUGUUCUUCAAUUCAGAUCUUCAUUACUGGACCUUUACAUUGGGAAUGGACUUUCAUGAUAACUGUCGGGUCAGUGCCAAAUUGUUCUAAAAGAAACAUUUAAAGCAUUUAGUCAUUGUGUGUAAAUGAAUGUAACAUUGAGUGUAGCUGACUUGACGGCAUGCUGUUGGUGAUUGUGAACAGGUGUGCUGGAAGAUGAUGGUCAGCUUAUCAUGUUCUAACAUGCUUCCUGUUACUGUUGACAGCCCACAUCCAAGCUGCCCGAGCCCUGAUGAUAACAGGCUCUUUCCUAGGACUUCCGGCCGUGUUCCUGCUACUCUCUGCCCUGCCCUGCAUUCGCAUGGGCCACGACCCCGGAGUCGAAAAACACAAACGUUUCUUGCUGGGAGGAGUAUUGAUUGUCAUCCUGGGUAAGACAAAUAGGAAAUGAUGUGUCUGUCUGUCUGUAUGUCACGUUUACAACAGUUUCUCUUUGUUUUGCUCCAUUACAGGCAUUUCAUGUUAAGGUAGGAUGCAGGGACAGGUAAAUAGUAAGCCACAUUGAACAACAUGCCAUAUAGGCAGUAUGGAAAACCACUGCACAUCUUCUGCAUAUUCCACAAUAGAUUCCAUGACCGGUUCCAAGAGAAUGCUGCAGCUGCUAUAGUAUAAUGAGAUAAAUCAGUUACUACAUGCAAGGCUUCUCUACUUGCAGAUAUUGGCACUUUAUUAAUAUCAUUUUAAAGGAACACUCCACGGUUAUAGAUAAACACAUUUUUUAAUAAAGCUGUAAGACUGUUCUGUACUUAAUUACAUACCUCCAUAGCUCCACUCCACCCAAUCCAAGUCAUAGGGUUCAGAUGAAAAAAGUAAAAUCCCUGAUUCUAUUCCAAAUCAAAAAAGUGUUGAACUUGCAAACCUCUACGUAGGAUGAGGUUUUCUCGUCAGUAUAUGUAUGUUUAUUGAUAGGGAAAUAGUUAGAAAAAAUAACUUAUAGGGAGUUAUGUGGUAGGACACAUUCUCCUGCUUUAGACGUUCCCCUAUUAAAACUAAGCAUAUUUAUAGUGCGUUAUCUCAUAUUGGAGAUGAUUGAUCAGUAGUGAUGUCGCAAACUUUUUGCGAACGGUUCGCCGCGGUUCGCAGCGGACUCCAGUCGGCAGACACAUCCCGGCCAAUCUGCAGCUGACCCUCCUUCCCAGACCCUCCCACCUCCUGGACAGCAUCCAUUUUGAAGGCAGCUUCAAAAUGGAUGCUGUCCAGGAGGUGGGAGGGUCUGGGAGGGAGGGUCAGCUGCAGAUUGGCCGGGAUAUGUCUGCUGACUGGAGUCCGUGGCGAACGGUUCGAGGCGAACCGUUCGCGACAUCACUAUUGAUCAGCAAAGAGAUCAAUAUUGUGUCUACAAGCUCUGUAUAUGUUUUAUUGCUUGUGAUGUUUCUUUGUUUCUCUAUUAACCCCUUAAGGAUAAGGUAAUUGUAUAAGUUCUGAUCAAAACAAAAUCUGGAAUUUGAGCUAUUUGUUGUUCAACCAUAAUUUAACUCUUUCAUAUUAAGUGCACUCACACUUAUUAAAUAUUAUUUUGUUCAGGAGAAACAUGGCUUUCAUUUCACAUCCAAUAUUUAUAUAUGAAAUUUAAUUUUAUAUGAACAGAAUCUAAAAGAUGUGAGAAAUUAAGAUUUUUAAAAUUAUUUUCUGCAUGGAAUUUUAACUGUGAAUGUCAUAUUACAGCUUUUGCAGCAAUAAAAUAUUGGUGUUCCCUUUUUAGUUUUUACACAUUGAGAUGUACCAGAUUGGUUUGCUGGGUCUAUGUUGCCUUUGAGUCAGGUUGCCAGCCCAGGAUUUAAAAUUAACCCCAUCAUGGCAUACCAUGACAACCCAGGGUAUUUAAAAUGGAGUAUGCCAAGUCUUCUUUAGUAGCCAAUUAGUUACAAAUCCUGGCCAAAUUUAGUGUUCAUAUUUGUUUUUCUGCAUUUUUCACCAAAAAACUGUCCUUUCACCGGUGAUAUUAGCAGAAUUAUACAUUUUACUGCUUUAAAACACUCAUAUUUGUGUUUAGUGACAUCUUAUGAGUACAACAGUACCCCACAUGUUUAUGGUGUUUUGGAAAGUUAAAGUGUCAAAUAUAAGGCUUGCCCAUUUCAGUUUUUACACAUUGAAAUUUGCCAGACUAGUUAUGUUGCCUUUGAGUCCAUAUGGCAACCCAGGAAUGAGAAUUACUACCAUUUGCAAAAGUAUACUACCCAGCGUAUUCAAUUUGGGAUAUGCCCAGUCUUGUUUAGUGGCCACUUAGCCACAAACCCUGGACAAAGUUAGCGUUCAUAUUCGUUUUUGCCUUUCUUCACACAGAAACGGCACUUUCAUUGAUGAUAUCAUCAUUGUGAUACUUCUGAGUGUUUGUAAACACUCAUAUUUGUGUUCAGCGAAGUCUCCUGAGUACAAUAGUAGCCCCCAUGUACAGGUUCUGUGGUGUCUUGGAAAGUUACCAGGGAUUGUAAAAAUAAUUUGUGGAGAAAAUGCUUGGUUGAUGCUAUCUGACAGUCACUCACUGCUACGCGUGGGAAGGCAUGAAAUUUCUUCUCCGCCAUAUUGUCAUUAGAUCCAAAAUAAGAAAUAAGAACAUCACUUACCAACCACACAAUGGUGCAAGGAAUCUGGCUCUGCCCAAGCCAGUAUAUAUGCAGGAAUGUAUAAAAAUAAAUUCCAGCACUUUCUUUUGAAAAUAGUGUCCCUUUAUUCAGGUGCCCUAAAUGUAUAACAUCAAUGUUUUGACCGCUGCAACGGUCUUUAUCAAGUUUUUUUUUUUUUUUUUAAAAGACCGUUGCAGAGGUCGAAAUUUUGCUGCUGCACACUUUGGGCACCUGGCUAAAGGGAUACUACUUUCAAACAGAAGUGCUGGAAUUUAUAUCGUCAUUAGAGUCCAGGCAUUCUAAGCCAGAUCAAAAGGCAUUACUAUCCUCAUACACAGGAACUGGCCCUUUGUAUUGAAUCAACUCUCAGCCGAUGUCCAUGAAGCAAAAACGCUUCUUUUGGAAAAUAGCACAGUCUGGUUCUUUUUAAUGGAACUGUCAGAUAUGUAAGGAAAUGUGUGCAGUAUAUCACGCUGAAUGCGUGAUUUACACAAUAAGCCCUCAGAGGCAGAUUCAUCUUCUGACAUUUGGGGGCCCUACUUGGUAACCAGAGACAAUCAAUCUUUUGGAGGAAAAUCUAUGAUUGUACCAGCCAGCCCUUUGUUUUCAGUAAGACAUUCUCAUGAUCAUUUGCAGAAGAAGAAGAAAAAAAAAAUAACUAUUACAUUUUUCAAUAUCCCUGACAACAGCCCCCUCCCCGUACAAAGAGGUUGAUGAUGAAAUCUGGCUCCAAACACAAUUUCAAUGUAUUUGUCAUGAAGUCUGUCCUUUUUUUCCAUUUAGUAUGUAGGUAGAAAUAAUAACCUUUCGUAAUAUCUCAUAAUAUUCCUGGUCUUUUGGUGAUGUACCUUUGUCUUUCAUUUCUGUUCAUGACACGCUAUCCUCUCUAUGAACAAUACUAAUUCCUCAUGGCGGGUGCAGAGUAAAGAUGAGUAAUGCUACCGGUAAUAUAAAAGGGUGACUCAUGAGUGACUCAUUGCUCUACUACCAGGGAAUUGAUAACAUUCCAUUUGGCAGAAUAAAACCCUCAGAAAAUUCAAUUAACUUCUUCACUGCCAAAUACAGUGUCUGACAGCAUGCAGUGCAGUGCUGUAGUAUUUUCUCUAAGCCAGCGAUGGCCAACAAUUGGCACUCUAAUAGUUGGUGACUCUGAUUCCCAUCAUGUUAGAGACUGUGUUUCAUCAAGAGAAGGGUGUAUUGCCUGAGGUUGGCCAUGACCUCUCUGCAGCGAUAAAACUGUAACUGUUAGAAGGAAUCCUUAAUACGUCUGUGUUUGUGUACGUGAUUGCUUAUAGCAUAAAAUGUGCAGCUCUUUCCCAGUGACCCUGGGGAACACGUGUUGUUUUUGUUUUUUUAAUGUUACAGAGACUCAAUGUUUUCUCACCUUUUUAUCUCUGCUGAAAUGAGAAUCAAUUCCUUGUAAAUACGAAUGUUACAAAAUAUUGCAGACUGAUUGGUAGGAUUGACAUUGUCUGCAUUGUAAGGCAAGUCUGUGAUUUCUACAAUAGAAUGUACUGUGGUGUAAAAUUAUAAAGUAAUUAUUAGACUUAGACCUGUGAUUGUUAGAUUCAGUAACUUUACUCCCUAAUUAAUAACACUGACAGGAAACAGAUACUCUAAGCACCAGAAUCAAAUGGUUUGCAGUACCAUUUAUUGCUAAAUUCUCUAUCAUUAAGGAGUUUUUUUUUAAAUGCAGCCACAAUAUCCCUGGCUGUAACUCACACAGCCUCCAUUAAAAAAAAACAAAAAAAAACAUAAAUUUUCAAUCAGAUCUUGCAGCACCAUUUGUUUACUUGACAAUUUUUUUUAAAACCAGCAAGCAAACACUUUUAAACAAAUAUACCCACCAAAAUAAACUUUCAAAAGUAUGCAACUUUUAUAAAUUUACUAUAAAAUUGGUCAUAUUGCAUUGUUGGUCACUCCUAUCAGCUAGGGGAAUUUCUUUAAUCUCACUUUACCCAGCCAACUCAGUUUUAGACCAGUCCACUAGUGACGGAAACAUGCUCUGCAUUAAUUACACUGAUCAGACAUAUUUUCUUCUACUCCUGUCAGGAUGUUGCAAGGUGGAGGUAUCAACUGCACAUGUGUAAAUCUAAUCUAUCAGGCAUGCCCAAUGAACUUUUCCAGCAUAGGACACAAAUUGGUUAAUCAUUGCCCCUAGAGUUGGUUUGGAAAGCAUAUUACCUGUUUUUUUUUCAGUCUGCAGAUUAAGGCAAUUGUAUCAGCCUGCUCUGCAUGAACACACUGAAGAGAUCUUUCAAGUGGACAUGUAUAAAUCUGUCCGGCAUGCCCAAUGAGCUUUUCCAGCAUUCUUAGGGAUAGGACACUGAUUGGUUAGAUCAGUGCACCCCUAGUGUGGGUGUGGAAAGCACAUAAUCGUCUUUUUCUCAGCCUCCAGAGUGAAGCAACUGUAUCAUUAACAGCGGGAGAUAUUAAACGAGACAGUUGUCGCAAAGUGAUGCAUGUCCCUUUAAAUUAUUAACGCAGACUUUAUGGGAAAGGACUCCGGCAUGGGUUUUCAUGAUUUGUGAUCAGAACUGAUAGGGGGAAGAGGGGGAAAAUAGCAAAAUUUCCUUCCCAAUCCUGGGUAUACAUGGGUUAACUUUCAUUUAGCAUUAUCUUCCACUUUGCUCCUGCUCUGAUACCAAACAACAGAGAAAUUAAUAUCCCUGCCAGAGGGAGUUAUAAGAAGAACUGUGUGAACUCAGGACUAAUUUGUAAGAAAAGACACAAUCAGGCAGAAUGCAUAAUUCUGCAGAGGUAAAUUAGCCUCUAAAUUAUUGCAGUAUUGCAACUGCUGCAAAAAUACAAGAGUCAGUUUCUUACCAUGCAUUUUAUGAAAUGAUAAAUCUUAGCAGUCUCAACUAACCAUAUUCUGUUUGAUUAUUUACUGUCAUGUCUACCCAGCUCUGGAUCAGUCAAUGUGAUCCAUUCGAUACUAAUACACACAAUGCAGCAGAGCAGCCCUUUUUUUUAUAUGCUGAUGUAUUAGUGGAAAUAUUUAGAAAAUUAUUGCCAGGGUCAUUAUGGAAUAUUCCACUGUCUCAUUUUUCCAUAUAAAAAAGUCCAGUAAACAUUGCUUUCCCUUAAAUGGAAAAAAAAAAAAAAAAAACUUAAAAAAAAACUUUUAUUAUUAAAUAAUUCAGCUAGCGGGAGUAACGGAAAUCUGUAUAUGUGAUAAAUGCUCAUCUUUGUUACAGCUUAGAGCAACACACUGCCUCUAUGUAGAAAUAAUAAUGCAUAAUAAAUUACUGUAAUUUAUCUGUAAAACUUUGCUUAUAGCUGUAUUUGGGCAUCACUGAUAUAAAACACACCUUAUGUGUCUAAUUCUUUGCUCUUUUAGGAGCUCAGUGAGAUUUUUUAUCUUGCUGUUUCUUUAAUGUAUUGUGGUCACCAUCCAGUCAGGGAAUUUAAAUUUGACAUAUCUUAAGCCUACAUUACUUUAUAUAUAUACUCAAAACACAAGAAAGUAUGUGAACAUAUAAUAUGUAUUGUGCUUGUUUAUCUACUAUUAAAAGAGCACUCUAAGCACCAUAACCACUAAAGUUUAUUGUAGCAGUUAUGGUCUAGUUAUCUCCAGUUCUGUCAAACCAUUUCUAGUGCUUGCAUUUCGGAUCUGGACUGCCCGUACGGGUGGGACUAGUCUGUUAUACUUCAGAUAUGUUCUCUCUGUAAUGGCACUAGAUGAGCUAAAACCAGCUUGAGACCUGAGCAGGGACCCACCGAAGGGCAGGCUAAUUGAGCUGUUGUGCGUUUUUUAUUCGUUCCUGUGUGUGGCCUGAACACAGCCAAAAGAUUGUUCUCUUAAUCCUGAAUAAAACUCCUUCCUAUUUGCACUACUCUGUGAAGCAUUUGGAAUUCUACCAGGCGUGGUAGCAGUCUCUAUUGGGUUCCCAGAGUGCAACACUAUCUUUGGAAUUGGAUACAACCAAUAGAUAAUCCUUCAGCAGUGGCUGCGCAUAUUUCAGCGUAUAGAGAUCAGCAACUUUGAGCAAUCCAGCCUAAUGUGAACGACCCUCUAUUGUGAUUCUCAUUGUGGCUGAGGCACCAAUUACCCUUGAAUUACAUGUUAAUUGGAAGAACACUAAUCCUGUCAUAACAUUGAGGACAGUAAGUAGCGCAUAAUGGAUAAUGACAUCUCUGUGACAAGCGAAUCUAUUUUUAUUUUGCAUGAGUUCAGCUCUUGGCAGUUCUCUGCUGUGAUUGUUACACAUAUGCAUUGUUUAUUAUAAUGGCUUUCAUUAUGUGGGUCAGUGGUGCAGGUGCCGUGUGUUCUAUGGAUCCACACAACAAUCUACAAUUCUACAUUCGCUCAUCUACAGUUUCAGUGAUGUUUGGCCAUCCAACAGACAGAUUCAAUGGCUACAGAGUUACAACUUGAUUUUUUUUUCAAAUCCUUACUAAAAAUAAAAGAUUGUUAUUGUACAUUAUUGAUAAGACACCAACACAUUACACCACACUGUCCCUGAGUAUAAAUUGUACACAUAAAAAGACAAAGGUACAAUACAUCUAAUAAACAAUACAAAAUUUGACAUACACAUAAGGUGGGGAUCGUUUUUCCGUGGGAUUACUAUCUUUGAAAUGCAAUGCACAUGCCCUGUGGGUUUUAUUAGCAUUUUAUUUUCUUUUAAAUAUAGUUUCUAAAGUUUUCUUUAUUAUUAUAAAACAUACACAUCAUAAAUUAACAAUAAAUGAUAAAUUCCAAUUUUUUUCUUUCAUUUUGCCUUUAGCCUAUUAUUUAAAAACACGUGCUUUAGGUUGACAGCUGAUUUUUAUUUAUUUAUUUUCCCCGUAAAAUAAAUCUGUUAAAACACCACAGUGGCAAAAAGAUUUUAAAAGCUGCAAUUUGUCUCUGAAAUAAUUCAAUGCAAAAAUAUUCAUUAAAGAAUACAUUUUUGAAUCCACUAGAAUAUUAAUCAUUUUACUACACUCUGGGCUUUCAUAUACCCACAAAAUAAAUUCAUAAAAAUGACUUUCUUGGAUCCUGUAAGAUGAUCAUGUAUAAAAGGUUUCCGAGGGAAAGAGCGAUUUAAUUAUCUUGGGCCUCUUUUUUCUUAGGGAAGAAUGAUUAUAUUCAAUAUUAGCUCAUGGAUUUUAUUUCGAGUGAAUUAUUAAACCAAGUUUCUUUUGUCUGAUGGAAAGGUUUUGAAAUUAAUUCUACAGUGAGCUUUUCUCUUUAACAGACCAUUUUCUAGUGGGUUAGUGCAUGAAUGUUCAUUGCAGUCAAAGGUAGAUCAAUGUUUUGUGUUAUGGUGCAAUUUAUUCUCUGUAUUACAGAUUGGGAUAUACUAAAAUUAAAUGUAAGCAUAUAUAAUGUUUUAUUGCUCAGUCCUGAAGAUAUGACUAGUUUUUUUAUUGUAUGUUACCAUGCCUUGCUUGAACAUACACAUUUUACGAGUGGGGGCUAACAGUGCUAUGUUUUGCUAACCUUAUAUUAAAGGGACACUAUAGUCACCUGAACAACUGCAGCUUAUUGAAUUUGUUCUGGUGAGUAGAAUCAUUACCUUCAGGCUUUUUGCUGUAAGUACUGUCUUUUCAGAGAAAAUGCAGUGUUUACAUUACAGCCUAGUGAUAACUCCACUGGCCACUCCUUAGAUGGCUGUUAGAGAUCCGCCCUUGGUCAUGGCUGCCUAAAAUGCAUCCAAACAUUCAGUAUCUCCUCCCUCUGCAUGCUGACACUGAACUUUCCUCAUAGAGAUUCAUUGAUUCAAUUCAUCUCUAUGAGGAGAUGCUGAUUGGCCAGGGCUGUGUUUGAAUCAUGCUGGCUCUGCCCCUGAUCUGCCUCCUUAUCAGUCUCAGCCAAUCCUAUGGGGAAGCACUGUGAUUGGAUCAGGCUACCACUUCUGAUGAUUUUAGCUCAGUGAAGCAAAACUUAAGAGGCAGAAAUUGCCAAGAGCACCUGCCUUGCAAAGACUUCUCAUUGAACUGCAUUUGGAAGCUUGUGAUUGGACAGCCACAGAACGCUGGGCUGGGUUAUAGGGGAAGACUUGCAAAGGCUUUAGAAAAUAAAUCUGUGUAGAAUAUUACAAUCUGCAGAUUUCGAAAGCUGCUUCGAGAUAUACCCCGAUGAAAAAAUACACAAUUAAAGGACCACUCUAGGCACCCAGACCACUUCAGCUUAAUGAAGUGGUCUGGGUGCCUGGUCCAGCUAGGGUUAACCCAUUUUUUCAUAAACAUAGCUGUUUCAGAGAAACUGCUAUGUUUAUGAAUGGGUUAAGCCUUCCCCUAUUUCCUCUAGCAGCUGUCUCAUUGACAGCCGCUAGAGGCGCUUGCGUGCUUCUCACUGUGAUUUUCACAGUGAGAGCACGCCAGCGUCCAUAGGAAAGCAUUAUAAAUGCUUUCCUAUGCGACUGGUUGAAUGCGCGCGCAGCUCUUGCCGCGCGUGCGCAUUCAGCUGACGGGGAGGAGAAGAGGAGGAUCGGAGGAGGAGAGCUCCCCGCCCAGCGCUGGAAAAAGGUAAGUUUUUACCCCUUUCCCCCUUCCAGAGCCGGGCGGGAGGGGGACCCUGAGGGUGGGGGCACCCUCAGGGCACUAUAGUGCCAGGAAAACGAGUAUGUUUUCCUGGCACUAUAGUGGUCCUUUAAAGGCAUGCAUGUUUUCAUUGUGGGUGUAUUUUUAUAUUAUUUUUAUAUUUCAUGUUUUGCAAGUGGAACACUGAUCAUGCAUGGUAUGUCGAGCCUCAUAAGGCACCUUAUCAGCAUUGGCUUCAUAUACUGUGACCAGAAACUGAUACUGUUGUGUUGUGUAAAUGAAAGAGAUUGCUGAAAAGGAUGUGUAUAUAGUAGACCUGUCAAAUAUGGCCCUCUGAUACUCACCUCUGGAAACUCAACUGGGUCACACACAGCCCAAAGAAAUUCACAUCUGCAAUUGUAUUACAAGUAUUAUUCAUAAAGGUUUUAUGAUUAAUAGUUUAUGUCAUGCUAAUGUUCUUUUUCCAAAACAGCUAUGUUACCUAUAGGGAAUAUGUUGAAGUAGAAUUGACUAAAAUAGAUAUUACAAAGGUAAACAGUUUUCUUCACUAUAAGUUAAAGGGAUUAUCCAACCCUUUUUUCAAACAAUGUAUUUUUUCAUUAACAAUGCCCUCUAGGUCAUUGCUGUUACGUCCCCAGGCUCCCAAACCCUGUAAAAAGAUUUUAAAACUAACUUGACAUCCAGAGCCGUGCAAAGCUCACAGCGCUGAUCUCCACUCCGUCUCCCAAAGUCAGCUCUGCCAAUGCACGGUCCAAUCAUAGAGCAGCCUGUAAUUGGACUGUUAUGUUGGUUUAAAGUGUGCGUGUGCAAUGGGAGACGUCAAGUUGCAGUUGCACAACAUCUGCAUAUCUACCGUUUGCCCCCAGCCCUAUUAUUCUAAAAUCUUUUGGGUUUGCAUGUUCUUCCCACAAUUUACUGCUUGUGCACAUGGACCCCUCAUGGGUUAAGUGGUAAAGACCAAAUUAAAAGCUGGAGAUAAGAUAUAAGACUACUGAAUAACUCCAGUCUUAUUAUAUCUUAUUUCCAGCUUUUUCACCAUUCCACACACAUCCUAAGUGUCCCUAUUUACUAGGGACAGUCCUUAUUAUGUGCCAAAAUCACUUCGUCCCUCUUUUCUAUCCUAAUGUCCCUCUUUUCUAGAAAUUUUUAAUUGUUGUGUCUGAGUGCAUCGCAGAGCUCCACAACAAUAAUAUUCACAGUUAUGUGUCUUUAAACGACAAUAAAUGUGUUUAAAAAUCAGUUUGUGCAAAUAAAUUGUUAUUAGUAAGUCACCUAAAAGAACAGCACUGCCCCUGGCCACAUGCCCAAUCACACCUUAAAAUAAGUGUCCCUCUUUGUCCAUUUGAAAUGUUGAGAGGUAUGAUAUAAUAAAUUGAAUUCUGCAAAGUCAUUCAUUAGACUCUUCAUAGCAACAAAUUGUCUCACGUGCAGUCUCUUGGAAAUUAUGCUGCCAUCCCAUCCGUUAAGCACUUUUAAUUUUGAAAUCCUUACAAACCCCUAUGCCUUAGCCCUACAUCCUCCCGGGUUAUCAAUUCAGCUGUGUCUGAGCCACCUGUAUUCAUUAUUCUUUUAUCUCAUAAUAUCCCAGAUUUCUUCAUCUCUUUUAUCUCCUUCAAGGUUAUCUCCAUUAUGCGAAGUGGCUCUAAAUCUUUAUCUAGUGUUCCUCAAUCUUUCCUAUAACACGACAUGGUCAGUGCUGCCAGGAAAUGUUUCGGAACAAGGAUUUCAAAAAAACCUAAAAAAGUUAAAUAAAAGAGACUGCAACUAACUCAUGACCACUUAUCUCUCACAAGUCAUAAGCACCAUCACAACAUCCCAACUCACCCCCACUUAUUAUCUGUGUCCACAUUUGUCAGUUCAGUCUUUAAGGUAUGGUACUAUUUGUUCCUCUGUCAUUGUUUGCCUGCACACAGAUGUUUCUAACUGCAGUAUUUUGCCAAAAUCGCUGCAGCUAUGUGUGGCCUGCUGCCUGCUGUAUGUUUGCAAGAUUGGAUGAUCACAGAGUGUAGGUCAAAUUGUCAGUAAGCCCGUGUACAGCUCCAGUGUCAGUAAACCUGUGUACAGCUCCAGUGUCAGUAAGCCCGUGUACAGCUCCAGUGUCAGUAAGCCUGUGUACAGCUCCAGUGUCAGUAAGCCCGUGUACAGCUCCAGUGUCAAUAAGCCGUGUACAGCUCCAGUGUCAGUAAGCCGUGUACAGCUCCUGUGUCAGUAAACCUGUGUACAGCUCCAUUGUCAGUAAGCCCGUGUACAGCUCCAGUGUCAGUAAGCCGUGUACAGCUCCUGUGUCAGUAAACCUGUGUACAGCUCCAUUGUCAGUAAGCCGUGUACAGCUCCAGUGUCAGUAAACCUGUGCACAGCUCCAGUGUAGAGAUGUCACGAACCGUUCGCGAACUUCCUGCGAACGGCUCGCCGCGGUUCGCCACGAACUGUUCGCGGCGAGCUCCGGUCAGCUGACACAUCCCGGCCAAUCUCCAGCAGACCCUCCCUCCCAGACCCUCCCACCUCCUGGACAGCAUCCAUGGCUUACUGACACUCUACUCCAGUGUCAGUAAGCCCGUGUACAGCUCCAGUGUCAGUAAGCCUGUGUACAGCUCCAGUGUCAGUAAGCCCGUGUACAGCUCCAGUGUCAAUAAGCCGUGUACAGCUCCAGUGUCAGUAAGCCGUGUACAGCUCCUGUGUCAGUAAACCUGUGUACAGCUCCAUUGUCAGUAAGCCCGUGUACAGCUCCAGUGUCAGUAAGCCGUGUACAGCUCCUGUGUCAGUAAACCUGUGUACAGCUCCAUUGUCAGUAAGCCGUGUACAGCUCCAGUGUCAGUAAACCUGUGCACAGCUCCAGUGUAGAGAUGUCACGAACCGUUCGCGAACUUCCUGCGAACGGCUCGCCGCGGUUCGCCACGAACUGUUCGCGGCGAGCUCCGGUCAGCUGACACAUCCCGGCCAAUCUCCAGCAGACCCUCCCUCCCAGACCCUCCCACCUCCUGGACAGCAUCCAUGGCUUACUGACACUCUACUCCAGUGUCAGUAAGCCCGUGUACAGCUCCAGUGUCAGUAAGCCCGUGUACAGUUCCAGUGUCAGUAAGCCUGUGUACAGUUCCAGGAGUCAGUGAGACAAUAGUAAUUGCUGUGCAGCUGCAUCAGAAUAUGCAUGAAUUUAAUUCACCUAAUCUGAUACAAUUACUGUCAAGUGCUAAACUAUAUAUCCCAUAAACUUGUGCUGGAUAUAGCUGUAUGCAGCAGUACAUUCAUACUUUAUUGAACGGAAUGAGAGCCUCCUGAUUGGAUCAGCCUUUUCCUGGUUUGGAUAGAACUCUCUGCAAAAUGCUGAAACCCAGUAAAUGCAGCAUCUUUAAAGACCGAGAUCUGUUUUUAUUUAUUUAUUUUUUUGGCAUAUUUUUAAUGCAUAAUCCAUAAAAUGUGUGACAAAUUAGGGUCACUUCCAGUGCCCCUUUAAUUAUGCACAUUGGUGAAAUAGGCCAGAAGCUCAUGCAUAAUAAACAGCAUAAUCAUGAAAUGACCUAUAACCACAUAAGAGAAGCAAAAUGUGAAAACUCUCACAAUAUCAAGGGAUUCGCCUAGGCGUAGUCUUGAAGAGAGUUAAGUACAUUCCUGAAUAAUGUACAGUCAUUUUUCAGAGCAUAGUAGAGUGUAUUGAAAGCAAUAUUCCAUUCUACUAAAAAAACAAAGUCAUUUAAUUUUAAUGCCUUGCCAUAGAAAUUAGGAUUUAUUCUAAACUAUCUCUAUGUGGGUUUACAAACCCUGACUAUAAUAAGAACCAUAAGAGGGAUGAAUGACAUUUGACAGCAGGAGAUGCAACUUGUCCCAUGGUCAGCUAGGAGCUAAAUCAUCACAGAGCUUGGAAAGAGGACGUGUAAAUCAAGUGACCCAAACCCACUUAUCUCUAAAUGGAGACAAACAUCACCGCUCAGCUUUCAUCAAGUUUGCCUAUUUUUAUCCAAUGAAUUUACAUUCAUAUCACUGUAUCACUGCUUUGUGGGAUCUUUAUUCUUCUGGAGUAACGAUAGAGAUACACAAGCAGGUAAAUAGAAUUUUGGUAUAAACGCAAGAACACCAGAAAAAAAAGGGGUCUAGUAAAUGGUCAGAGUCUAGUAAAUGAACCUGGUCUACACUGUACUUGUUGGUAAUGUCAAUGGAGAUACAUGAAGGAGCAGAGGUCCUUUAUAUAGACCCCACUAUUGCCACAUUGUUAAUAAAGUUAUCAUGAAUUGAUUGCUGACCAAGUAAAAAAAGAUGUCCUAACUGGGUAGAAUUCUAUUCUUUAGCAUGAAUGUAGUUUUUAAGCUAAUGCACUGUAUGAGAGUCAUAAUAUUGUCUUGGUGAUGGCAUAUAUAACAAACAUUUCUGUUACAAUUUGCAGUGCUAAAAAUGGAGAAUAUCAAACUGGUGAAUCCUGACUGGUAUUAAGUGUCUUCUAAAAUAUAUAGGACCGUUCUACUUACACUGUGGUUUUUUUCUUCUUCCUAUAGCCCUGAGCACCAUCAUGGCCACCAUAUGGUUUCCAGUAUCCACUCACAAGGAGACCACCAUUGUGACUUUCGGAUAUUCUCUGUACGCAGGAUGGAUCGGAGCAGCGUUUUGUCUUUUUGGCGGUAUAGUGAUAGUGUGUUGCACGGGAGAAUCCCAAGCAUUCAUGGAGAACCGCUUCUACUACUCUUCUCAAGGUUCUGGAUCACCUACCCACGCCAAGAGUGCUAAUGUGUAGGAAUCCAAGGACCGAAUGUUCUUACACCGUCUUGAGCCUUUGUUCUACUAUUUCUGAUGGACCAACAUGACUUAUGUGCCUCUCAUUCUAUCUGUGUAUGCUGUUCGAGAACAAAGAUGCUAUACUAUGGAGUGUAUAAACAGUCUAAGAAAUGGUUUACAGCGACACAUCUACAUGCCAAAUGUAUUUAAUUGGUGCUUCUCAACUGAUACUUGGAACCGAUAAAAUCUUAUUUAACUAAUUCACUACCACAGAGCACAGCAGCACAUCUGAAUAAAUGUAUGUCGUUCUGACAGGGGCAGUGUUUUAAAGCAUCUUUUACCUUUACAGAAUUUGCAUUGUAUGUGAAAUGACAUGUAUUGUCCUCUCUAAACUGACACAAAAGAACUAUAACCGCUACAAUAAGCUCAAGUAAUUAUGGUACUUUUUAUUGGAGUGCCUCUUAUUAGGCCAUUGUGUGCCCAGUGGAUCUUCUAUGCAUUUCAACGUGUUGUAGAAAGUUAAUGCAAAUUAUGGUUUGUUUUUGUCCGAUUCGUGUUUGUCCUUAAUACUAACCAAAAACAAUGCCUUUUCAUCUCAUUUCAUACACAAAUAAAGGCAAUACAGUCUGAGUGUAUUUAACACAAUAGAAGAGUUUGAGUCCAAAACAUAAACAAGCACUUGGCUGUACACUGCGAAAACAAUACCAGUAUUAUUUAAGUCCAAAGAUUCACAGUGGAAAGGACAAUAUUUAGUUCAAUCCCGCGGUUACAUAACGCCAUUCAUUAUUGGGAGCAUGAGCAAUAAGAAAUGUUACUUCUCUUAUGGAAAUAAAGAGGUAACAAUUGCUCAUCAGUUGAACACCGUAUUAGAGUUUUAUCUGUGUUUUAGUAAUGCUUGGUUUGUGACUUCUCCUAUCUGCUUGCACAUUCAGACAAAAAACACAUUUGUUAAAUUUACUGAACACAUUACGAAUUUUCAUGCUGUUGGACAGUACAUGAAAACGGCUCCCCUGCAAUGCGUAAAAAUCCAUAUGCUAUGGAAGGGAAAUCAGUCAAUCAAGAAAGGAAGUGUGGAUUAUUAACUGAUUUUUUUUUUGAUUGUUGUGCACUAUAGGGCACAAUUUGUAUUUACUACCCAACAGCACAAAUGAUAUGUAUGGAGAAACAUCCAUUGGCCCUAGCGGCCCCAGGCGUAAGAUCAGUUACAUGGGAGAAAGAUAUCUUAAUAGAUUGGUAUAUUUUAACGUGACCUUCACUAUUCAUUUUCAGAUGGAAUAGUCUAUUUAAUGCAUAUGCCAAUUAUUUAUCGAUAACUAGCACGACAGCUGUUUCAUAUAUCAUUUUUUAGACAUUUAUUUUUAAUGACUCAUUUUAUCAUACAACUGUGGACCUACGUUCCUGUUAACUCGGGAUGCAGUAAUACUCGUCAAACACAAAUGAUUUCAGUAGAGAAGUUUUUAUCACUGCCAUGUGCUAUACAGAUUUAAAAAAUGUAAUUUAAAUUUAACUGGAAGCAUUCGUCAAGAGCUACCAUUUAUGAGCCAAGCACAGAGUUAACCAAGCUGUAUAACUCCAGAUGUUCCUCAAAUACAAAUGAUACAUCUGGGUACUACACCGAGAAAUGGAAGACGCUAAAGGAUUUGAAACGUACCUCUUAUUUUGUGAAUACUCACGCCCCCUAAUUUUGUAAUUUCCUGAUUUUUUUAAAGCACAAACUGAGGUUACAAACAUAAACACUGCAUUAUGUGUGAUUUAUAAAAAGAAAUGUCAUUUUUAAAACUGUUUUUGUAUGCAGAAAGUUUAUAAAUGGAUAUAUUACUGGUUUCAUUGUGGAUUUUUCAUUAGACAGUGAGUUUUGAAGACUGGGGUAACUGAGCUGUGAAAUGUAAGCCAACACACAGAAGUUGGAAAAUCAAUAUAUACCUUAGCUGAUUAAGAGAAAAUGAGUUCACACACCAACACAACUAUUUGUUUGAUGUAGUGUUUCUCAACCCAGUCAUCAAAACAGCCCAAACCUUUUUCUGUAGGGCCACCCCUCCCCCCCCACCCCCCCCAUUGAUGUUGAAAGUGUUAAAACCUCUUUUAACUCAUACCUCUUUCCAGCCCCGAGGUCCCAUGGUACUGGCUCUGUCCCUCCUCCUGCAACUUCAUGCCUUUGAGGGAACUAAAUGUACAUACAUUAGAGCUUUCCUAUAGGAAAGUAUUGGCUCAAUGUUUUCCUAUGCGGGUUUGAAGCUGCAAAGCGUGAGGACGUCCAACAUUGUUUCGAGGAGUCAAGCUACAUUACAAGUAGGAGACGCCAAGAAGACAGCCGGUAGAGGUUGUCUUAACCCUGCAAUAUAAACAUUGCAGUUGCUCUACAGUUAAGGGAACAUGAGAACUUCAGCCAGACCAUGUCAUAGAGAUCAAGUGGCCUGUGUGCCUAUAGUGUCCCUAUACAGGUAUAGUCAACAUGUAGCAGACUCCCAUGAUGCUUUGACAGCAUUUAGGAAUUGAGUUCCAUAGAAUCUGGAUGUAUGGUUUCCAGAGAACCCAUGUUUUCCUGGACACAUGUAAUUUCUUCUGAUGGGCAGUGAAUGAUAAGUGCCGCCCUGUUCAUAACAUUUAUCAUUCAGGAAGAAAAUCUAUUAACUAUAUAAGGUAGUCCUUUGGUGUUCCUCUACAUAUAGUGGGUCAGCCCAUCGAAUUCACAGCCCUUCAGCAUGAUGUAGUGAUAUAUGUUCAGGAAAAUUAAGAUGAAUCCUGCAGCCCUCUUGGAGGGCCAUCCCAAAUAUAGGAGAUCUACCAGUACUUUUGAAUAUUCAGAUGUUUUCACAGUGUAAAUAAAACAAUAAUGAGACUUCCAGAAAAUAUACUAAUUGCUAAUUACACCUUUUGGAGUAACUUCACGUGUCUACAUUUUUAUGAGUAUAACAUUCCAAAUGUUGUUUCUAACAUGUAUGAAUCUUUUUAUUUUCAUUACCUUGCCUAAAAUAUAAUAAAAUGUCUUAAGUACUUUGGGUUUUCUUCUUUGUGG